UUAGACUUCUCCAUGUUAACCAUGAGUGUGACACUUUCCCCCCUGAGGUCACAGGACCUGGAUCCCAUGGCUUCUGACGCUUCACCCAUGGCCAUCAACUUGACACCCACCGUGGAGCAGGGCGAGGGAGAAGAGGCGGUAAAGGAUAUGGAUUCUGACCAGCAGUAUGAAAAGCCACCCCCAUUGCAUACAGGGGCCGACUGGAAGAUUGUCCUUCACUUACCUGAAAUUGAGACCUGGCUCCGGAUGACCUCCGAGAGAGUCCGGGACCUAACCCACUCAGUCCAGCAGGAUUCAGACAGCAAGCAUGUGGAUGUGCAUCUAGUUCAACUAAAGGACAUUUGCGAAGAUAUUUCUGAUCAUGUUGAGCAAAUCCAUGCCCUCCUUGAGACUGAGUUCUCCCUGAAGCUGCUGUCCUACUCUGUCAAUGUGAUUGUGGACAUCCACGCGGUACAGCUCCUCUGGCACCAGCUCCGGGUCUCGGUGCUGGUUCUGCGGGAGCGCAUCCUGCAAGGUCUGCAGGACGCCAAUGGCAACUAUACCAGGCAGACGGACAUUCUGCAAGCUUUCUCCGAGGAGACAGCUGAGGGCCGGCUCGAUUCUCUAACGGAAGUGGAUGACUCAGGACAGCUAACUAUCAAAUGCUCUCAAAAUUACUUGUCUCUGGAUUGUGGAAUUACUGCAUUUGAACUGUCUGACUAUAGUCCAAGUGAGGAUUUGCUCGGUGGCCUGGGUGACGUGAGCCAGGUCAAAAGCAAACCCUUUGACUCUUGGAGCUACGGUGAGAUGGAGAAGGAGUUCCCUGAGCUUAUCCGAAGUGUGGGGUUACUGACGGUGGCCACUGACCCCAUCGCUUCCAACUGCAGCGAAGCAGUGAGUGAGGGGGCAUCUCAAGGUUCUCUCUCAGCAGAUGAUAAAGGUGGGUGUGAAGAAAACAAGGCUCCCGCAGUCGAGGAGCAACCAGGCUCAAAGCAGGGCGUGUCAUCUCCAGUGGAAGCUCUGACAAAUACUGUCCAGUCCUUUGCUAAGACCUCGAAGCAAGAAUCCAAUUCUCCCUCCCAACCUGGAGCAAAGAACCAACAGCCUCUUCCCUGUGAGAACACAACCCCCAAGCGAUCCAUCAGAGAUUGCUUUAAUUAUAACGAGGACUCCCCCACACAGCCCACAUUGCCAAAAAGAGGGCUUUUCCUUAAAGAGGACGCUUUUAAGAAUAACCUGAGAGGUGCUGACGGAAAGAGGCCGACUGAUCUCAAGCCCGAGAUGAGCAGAAGCACCCCUUCCCUGGUGGAUCCUCCCGACAGAUCCAAGCUCUGCCUGGUGUUGCAGGCGUCCUACCCCAGCAGCCCUUCGGCCGCCAGCCAGUCCUACGAGUGUCUGCACAAGAUGGGGGGCGGGAAUCUUGAAAACACAGUCAAAAGUCACAUUAAAGAAAUCUCCUCCAGCCUGGGAAGGCUCAACAACUGCCACAAAGAGAAACCUCGACUUAAAAAGCCACAUAAGAACCCAGAAGAGGUGCCUCCGUGCCAAACCCCUAAAGCGGGAACUGGUUCGGGCAAGCAAACCGAAAUCACCAGGAGCUCCAGAGUGCCGAACGGAAUUCCCUCUUGUACCUCCAAGGCCGUGGAGGCGCCAGAAACCGAUUCUGCUUCUACAUCCUCCCUUGAGCCGUAUCCUCAGAGCAGUUGGAAUGCCACAUUACCAGCGCAGUCAGAAACAUCCAGUUCCCCACCGUUUACUCAAAGCAGCGGAUCUCCUGUUGGCUCGGACAGUGUCAUGUCUCCGGUACCCCUUCUUUCAAAACACAAAAGCAAAAAAAGUUACUCCUCCUCCCCAAGUCACGUCUCAAGGAAUGGUCAGGUUGUGGAGGCCUGGUACGGCUCCGACGAGUACCUGGCACUGCCCUCUCACCUUAAGCAGACAGAAGUAUUAGCUUUGAAGUUGGAAAACUUAACGAAGCUUCUGCCUCCAAAACCCAGAGGGGAAACCAUUCAGAAUAUCGAUGACUGGGAACUGUCUGAAAUGAAUUCAGAUUCUGAGAUCUAUCCAACGUACCAUGUCAAGAAGAAGCGUACAAGGCUAGGCAGGGUGUCUCCCAGUUCAUCCAGUGACAUAGCCUCUUCGCUGGGGGAGAGCAUUGAGUCUGGGCCCCUGAGUGACAUUCUUUCUGACGAGGAGCUGUGUAUGCCUCUCUCUGGCAUGAAAAAAUACAUGGAUGAGAAGUCAGAGAGAGCUUCAUCUUCUGAGAAAAAUGAGAGCCAUUCUGCCAAGAAAUCUGCUUUAAUUCAGAAACUUAUGCAAGAUAUUCAACACCAAGACAACUAUGAAGCCAUAUGGGAAAAAAUAGAGGGGUUUGUAGACAAGCUGGAUGAAUUCAUUCAGUGGUUAAAUGAAGCCAUGGAAACCACUGAGAAUUGGACACCCCCUAAAGCAGAGACGGAUAGCCUUAAACUGUACCUGGAGACACACCUGAGUUUUAAGUUGAAUGUAGACAGUCAUUGUGCUCUCAAGGAAGCUGUGGAGGAGGAAGGACACCAGCUUCUCGAGCUCAUUGCAUCUCACAAAGCAGGACUAAAGGACAUGCUGCGGAUGAUUGCGAGUCAGUGGAAGGAGCUGCAGAGGCAAAUCAAACGGCAGCACAGCUGGAUUCUCAGGGCUCUGGAUACCAUCAAAGCCGAGAUCCUGGCCACUGAUGUGUCUGUGGAGGGUGCGGAAGGGACUGGAAGCCCCAAGGCCGAGGUUCAGCUAUGCUACCUGGAAGCACAAAGAGAUGCUGUUGAGCAGAUGUCCCUCAAGCUGUACAGCGAGCAGUACACCAGCGGCAGCAAGAGAAAGGAAGAGUUUGCUGAUAUGUCAAAAGUUCAUGCAGUGGGCGGCACAGGGCUUCUGGACUUUGAUUCAGAAUAUCAGGAGCUCUGGGAUUGGCUGAUUGACAUGGAGUCCCUCGUGAUGGACAGCCACGACCUGAUGAUGUCAGAGGAGCAGCAGCAGCACCUUUACAAGCGAUACAGCGUGGAAAUGUCCAUCCGGGGCCUGAAAAAGACAGAGCUGCUGAGUAAGGUGGAAGCUUUGAAGAAAGGUGGCGUUUUACUACCAAAUGAUCUCCUUGAAAAAGUGGAUUCAAUUAAUGAAAAAUGGGAACUGCUUGGGAAAACGCUGGGAGAGAAGAUCCAGGACACAAUGGCAGGGCCCCGUGGGUCGGGGCCACGUGACCUGCUCUCGCCUGAAAGCGGAAGCCUGGUAAGGCAGCUGGAGGUCAGGAUCAAAGAGCUGAAAGGGUGGCUGAGAGAUACAGAGCUUUUCAUCUUCAAUUCCUGUCUGAGACAAGAAAAGGAAGGAACAAUGAGUGCCGAGAAACAACUGCAAUACUUUCAGUCGCUCUGUGGUGAAAUCAAGCAGCGGCGGCGUGGAGUGGCCUCCAUCCUGCGGUUAUGCCAGCACCUUCUGGAUGGUGGGGAGACCUGCAACCUGAGCGCGGACCACCAGCCCAUGCAGCUGAUCAUCGUGAAUCUCGAGAGGAGGUGGGAAGCCAUUGUCAUGCAAGCUGUCCAGUGGCAAACACGGCUACAAAAGAAGAUGGGAACGGAGUCCGAGACUCUGAAUGUGAUUGAUCCUGGCUUGAUGGACCUAACUGGGACCAGCGAGGAUGCCCUGGAAUGGGAUGAAACUGAUAUAAGUAACAAGUUAAUUAGUUUGAAUGAAGACUCAAAUGACCUCAAUCAAGAACCCCAACCUGUCAUGCCUGCCUCAAAACCUGAAGAGACAGGUAGUGAGGACCCUGGCUAUGAAGAAGAGGCAGGUGACCGUGGGGGAUCUCAGUAUGCCUCAAGUAUUACUGCCCCCUCUAGUCCCCACAUUUACCAAGUAUACAGCCUCCACAAUGUGGAACUCUAUGAUGACAACCACAUGCCAUUCCUGAAAAACAAUCCAAUGCUCACCAGCAUGACACAGCCUAGUGUUUUGACUAAGAGUCUUAGUAAAGACUCCUCAUUCUCAUCCACCAAAUCUUUGCCAGAUCUACUAGGGGGUUCCAAUUUGGUGAAGCCCUGCCCGUGCCACGGAGGAGACAUGAGCCAGAAUUCAGGCAGUGAGAGUGGAAUAGUCAGUGAAGGAGACACUGACACCACCACCAACUCUGAAAUGUGUUUGUUCAAUAUGGUAGAUGGGUCCCCUAGUAACCCUGAACCUGAACAUCUGGAACCACAAAUGGGAGAUGCCAUUAACAUGUUAAAGCAAAAAUUUAAAGAUGAGGACGAAGCCAUUAAGCUUCCAAAUAGCUCUCAGUCAUCCAUUUCACCAGUGGGUUGUGUAAAUGGAAAAGCUGGAGAUUUAAACAGUGUUACCAAACAUACCCCUGAUUGUUUGGGAGAAGAAUUACAAGGAAAGCAUGAUGUGUUUACAUUUUAUGAUUACUCAUACCUCCAAGGCUCAAAACUCAAAUUACCAAUGAUAAUGAAACAGUCACAAAGUGAAAAGGCAUAUGUAGAGGAUCCCCUGCUCCAUGGCUUUUAUUUUGAUAAAAAGUCCUGCAAAUCUAAACAUCAAGCUACAGAAUUACAACCGGAUACACCUCCCCAUGAAAGGAUUUUGGCAAGUGCAUCCCAUGAAAUGGAUCACAAUUCAUAUAAAAGUGGUGAUAUGGAGAAGACACUCACUGGCAUGCAGAAUGCCAAACAGCUCUCCCUUCUAUCUCAUAGUUCAUCUGUUGAGUCCCUUUCUCCAGUGGGUGAUUUAUUUGGACUGGGUAUCUUUAAAAAUGGAAGUGACAGCCUCCAGCGAAGCACUUCUCUAGAAAGUUGGUUGACAUCCUAUAAAAGCAAUGAAGAUCUUUUCAGCUGUCACAGCUCUGGGGACAUAAGCGUGAGCAGUGGCUCAGUUGGAGAAUUGAGUAAAAGGACAUUAGAUCUCCUGAAUCGUUUGGAGAAUAUCCAGAGUCCCUCAGAGCAAAAGAUAAAGCGGAGUGUUUCCGAUAUCACUCUUCAAAGCAGUUCCCAAAAGAUGUCUUUUACUGGCCAGCUGUCACUGGACAUAGCAUCUUCCAUCAAUGAAGACUCGCCGGCAUCUCUUACAGAACUUAGCAGCAGUGAUGAGCUCUCUCUUUGCUCAGAGGAUAUUGUGUUACACAAGAACAAGAUCCCAGAAUCAAAUGCAUCAUUCAGGAAGCGCCUGACUCAUUCAGUGGCUGAUGAAAGCGACGUCAAUGUCAGCAUGAUCGUUAACGUCUCUUGCACCUCUGCUUGCACUGAUGAUGAAGACGACAGUGACCUCCUCUCCAGCUCUACCCUCACCUUGACAGAAGAAGAGCUGUGCCUCAAAGAUGAGGAUGAUGACUCCAGUAUUGCAACAGACGAUGAGAUUUAUGAAGAGUGCAACUUGAUGUCAGGGCUGGACUAUAUAAAGAAUGAGCUGCACACCUGGAUUAGGCCGAAGCUUUCCUUGACUAGAGAUAAGAGAAGGUGUCAUCCCAGUGACGAAAUAAGGGGCGGUAAGGAUAUAAGUAGUACUGAGAUGACCAAUUCCUCUGACACCCUCAGCAUUAAGGCCCUUCUAAACGGCUCCAUAAAACAUCUCUCUGAAAAUAAUGGAAACAGUAAGAAUUUACCCCACACCCAUGAGUUAGGAACACAGGGUGAAAAUAAGAAAAAUAUUUUCAAAGUCACUAAAGACCCAUAUGUGGCUGACGUGGAAAAUGGCAAUGUCGAAAGUACUCCAGAGAGACAGCAGGACAAACUUAAUGAGAUUUCACAGGAACCGGAGAAUCUUGGUUCAGCCGGGAAGAGGGUUUCAGAGAGUGAGCACGGUAAGUGCGAAGCAGCUAUGGAUAGCUCAGACGAUUCACACAUUGCUGGAAGAGAAUCUGUCUCCCAGACCGUUAGACAUCUUCCAAAGAAAUGUCAAAACCACCACCAUUUUGAAAAUCAAACGGCUGCUUCUACUCCCGCUGAGAAGUCUUGCCCAGAACUGCCUCCAGAAACCACAGUCACCAAUAGACAGGACUCUGAGGUACUGCAAUCUUCAUGUGAUGAUGCACUAAGUUUGGCUGGAAAAUCUGCUGGUUGCUGCCUAGAACUUGAACAAAAUGAAACAGAGGAAAAUGCCUCUGUUGGUGACAACGUUUCCUGUUGUGGCUGUGAGUCAGGUGUUUUCCAUCCGAAAGAUGCCGAGGAUGGUUCAGUACAUGACUUUGUUAAGGAGAUCAUUGGCAUGGCUUCCACUGCCCUGAAAAGUAAAUCUCAACCGGAAACUGAGGCAGCCGCUCCUACUUCAUUAACUCAAAUCAAGGAGAAAGUGUUAGAACAUUCUCACCGGCCCAUCCAGCUGAGAAAAGGGGACUUUUAUUCCUACUUAUCUCUCUCAUCGCAUGACAGUGACUGUGGGGAGGUCACCAAUUACAUAGAAGAGAAGAGCAACACUCCUUUGCCUCUGGACAUGACUGACUCUGGCCUGGAAGACAGGGAAGACAUUGAGUGCUUCUUUGAGGCCUGUGCUGAGGAUGACCCUGAUGGAGACGAGCCCUGUGCCUCCAGCCCUCCUCCAGAUGAGCCUGCAGGUCACAGGGAGGCUGCGGUGCCAUCACAAGCAGCAGCGGGCUCUCCUAGGUGCAGUGACAUUUCUCUCUCAGCCGACGAUGCAGACAUGGUGGCUCUUGCAUGUCCUCCCCCUCAGAAAGGAUCUGACAUUGGGAAGGAAGUGGAUGGUUUACCCCAAGCUUCCAAUGUCUGCGGAGAAAGCUCACAGUCAGCUACUCCUCCAAGGCUGGGCGGUGAAAAAGAAUGUUCAGAAAACCCAGGCGAGUCUGGGAUGCCAGAGGAACAUAAGGCUGCUGGGCUCUCCUCAAAGGCACAGCAGUCCAAAGACAAGGCUGCGUUGCUUCCCAACCCCAAAACUUUAACCUGUGAAGUUAACCUGGAAGAUCUCCUAAACCUUGAUGAAGAACGACAUAGAAAUAUGCAUAGGUAGAAUGUAAC